GCAGGUUAUGAAGACAGCAUGGAGUUUCCAGACCACAGCAGACAUUUGCUACAGUGUCUGAGUGAGCAGAGGCAUCAGGGAUUCCUUUGUGACUCCACUGUGCUGGUCGGUGAUGCCCAGUUCCGAGCCCAUCGUGCAGUGCUGGCUUCAUGCAGCAUGUACUUCCACCUCUUUUACAAGGACCAGCUAGACAAAAGGGACAUUGUUCAUCUGAACAGCGACAUUGUCACAGCCCCGGCCUUCGCUCUCCUGCUUGAGUUCAUGUACGAAGGAAAGCUGCAGUUUAAAUCACUUCCAGUGGAAGAUGUGCUGGCUGCUGCCAGCUACCUCCACAUGUAUGAUAUCGUCAAGGUGUGCAAGAAGAAGCUCAAGCAGAAGGCCACGGCUGAGGCUGACAGCACCAAGCGGGAAGAGGACACGUCCAGCUGCUCGGACAAGGUGGAGAGUUUCUCAGAAGGUGGAAGCACGGGCCGGCCCGCAACUGCUGACCUGCUGCAGAGCGAUGAUGAGGACAUGGAGAACAAGCGGGACAGCCCUCAGGAGCCAGGGAGCAUGUGGAUGCGACUGCCUUCCGACCGGACCACGUCUCCCACCACCAGCCCCAGGGAGGCAGAAACGCAUGGUCCUGAUGCUGGCAAAUCCCCUGCCGGCAGCCCCAGCAGCUCUUCUGGCUCUCUGUCCCGUCGCUCUGCAGCAUCUCGGAGAGUCUCUGCUGACACUGAUUGUGUGCUUGACCUCUCUGUGAAAUCGAGCCUUGGUGGAGGUCCUGGGGAGAACAUUGCUGGCAACCCUUACUUCUGCAGCUCUGUGACCCCUGACAGCCUCCAGAGUGCCCUGGUUCAAGUGAAGGUGGAAAAGGACACCGGCUCCGACGAUGAUGAACUGGUGAGCGGUGACUAUGAGAUGGAGCACAGUGGUGUGAAGGAGCCACCCAGCACCAACGGGACCCACCUCAGCCUUGUUGCGCAGCGGAGGCUGGGCCUGGAAGCUCAUCUCUCGGCUCUGCGCGAGGCCUCGCUGGCCAGUGAGCUUGAGCGGGACGACAAAGGAGGCGAUGAUGACACAGAUGUCCUCGGCGGAGACAGUGAUCGAGUGCAGGAGGCUGCGGGAGUCGAGAGCUCCCUGUUGCCUUAUGUCUCCAGCAUGCUGGGGGCACCACAUACCCAGAUCUUCAUGUGCCCCUUAUGCAACAAGGUCUUUCCCAGCCCCCAUAUCCUGCAAAUCCACCUCAGCACACAUUUUCGUGAACAGGAAGGCGUACGGGCCAAGCCGGCAGGCGACGUCAACGUCCCCACAUGCUCCAUCUGUGGCAAAACCUUCUCCUGCAUGUACACGUUAAAACGCCACGAGAGGACACACUCAGGCGAGAAGCCCUACACUUGCACUACUUGCGGCAAGAGCUUCCAGUACUCACACAACCUGAGCCGGCAUGCCGUCGUGCACACACGCGAGAAGCCGCAUGCUUGCAAGUGGUGCGAGCGGCGCUUCACACAGUCAGGGGACUUGUAUCGACACAUCCGCAAGUUCCACUGCGAACUGGUCAACUCGCUCUCGGUUAAGAGCGAGGCGCUCAAUCUACCCACGGUCAGAGACUGGGCACUGGAAGAUAGUUCUCAAGAACUGUGGAAAUGAAUGCUAAAAUGAUUGCAGACUGUUUGAACUGCUUGUUAAUUUAAAAAGAGAUCUGAGUGGCAUUUUUGGGGGCAGAAAGGUGAAGGUAAGAGUGGGAAGGAGUGACGGCCGAAGGGUCUGAAUCAGUCAUUUUUCUUGUAUGUACAUUGCAAAUCUUGUUGAAUUGCACUUUACUAGCACAUGAAAAUGUUACUACUGAUUUUCUUUUAAUAUAUUUUCUGGUUGACUUAGGGUCUUUCUUUUUUUCCUGUUUACUUUGGGUUUUUAUAAAACAUGGGUUCUGGUUUUUGGCAACCAGAACAAAAUAUUCAUUGGGAUUUUCAACUGUAUAUAAUUUACAGUAUUUGUAUACGCUCCUAAAUUUCAAGGAACAUCUGCCAUGAAAAGCAUAUGAAGAUUUCAGGUCAUAGACAGAGGAGUUUAGAAAUAAGGACACACUAAACGGGUACUAUGGUCAUAUAUUUACCUGUACACACUCGCCUCUUGUUUAAGUAAGCAUAUAUAUAUAUAUAUAUAUAUAUAUAUAUAUAUAUAUAUAUAUAUAUAUAUAUAUAUAUAUAUAUAUAUAGUGCACUACUAUAACAUACCUGAUGUAUGACUGUGGCCAUACUCACACAUACACACCUAGUGUAUGAGCAGGUCAGUCCUUUAAAUCCCACAAGGAAGCUCUAAGCUUGCGUUACUUAAGCUCUUGUACAUUUUUGACUCGUUAUAGGAAACUUGACUGAUGGAAGACAAACAAGGCACUCAUGCAAUGUACAGCCUCCUUUUUCACAUCAGUUGCUGCAUUAUUAUUAUUAUUAUUUCUCUCUAUCCUUCCUUAAUAUG